UGCAUAGUUCUGUUUAUUUUCGGUUUUUUGCUGACGACAGAUCGUAGAAAAAGCCCAAAUCGCGCUGGAAGAUCAGUCAUCUCUUUGCGGGCUUAACAAUGAGGUCGUUUUUGCUGGUGAUGAUGCUGUUGCUUGGAACAAGUUUGGCACAACUUGUUUACCGAGACUAUAGCUCACAAAUCGCUGGAGGAUUUUAUGGAUCCCCUAGAGGACAUGGAUAUGGAUUGAUAACUGGUGGAAGGCGGCCAGGAGGUCCAUUCGAAAGUACUGAUCAGGGAGGUUUGAUUUCUGUAGUCGAUACCGGAGGUCCCUUUGGUAAUUAUGGAAACUACGGACCAGUAAAUGGAGGACCAUUUGCUACCAAGCAGCAGGGAGGACUUAUUUCCGGCGGAAGCAGCGGAGGACCCUUUGGCCAAACUGGCAGCUCCUUUGCCAAAGGAGGACUCAUUUCUGGUGCCAACAGUGGUGGUCCUUUUAACAGAUACCAAGGAUUAUAUGGUUUGAAUAGUGGAAGCGGUCUGAUCAGUAAAGCUAAUACAGGAGGACAAUUUGCCAGUGAUCAGCAAGGAGGCUUAAUUUCCGGAGGAAGCUCUGGAGGACCUUUUGGUAAUACUGGAGGUCCAUUUGCCAACAGCAAUCAACUUGGAGGACUGAUUACUGGCGGAAACAGUGGAGGUCCCUUCGAGAGCAAAGAAGCGACAAUCGAUCACAGUGAAGGUGGUCUAAUCGAAGGGGGUAAGACAGGUGGCUCUCUGGGCCAACACCAAGGAGGAUUAGUUUCUGGAGGCAAUAGUGGAGGCCCCUUUGGACAAGCUGAAAGUAGCUAAAAUAAAAUAGAUUUAAUAAGUCGCUUAAGUCAUUUAGUUAAAUAUCACGUCUUUCACUUGUCUGUUAUCAAUAAAAUUUCAAUAAUGCUUAAA